ACCAAUUUCCGGAUACAAUUCAAGGAUGGAGGAUAGUACACCAAUUUUUAGCAAACAAAAAAUGCAGUUUACGCCCUCGGAUAAGAUUACACAUUUGGCAGUUGCUAACGAUAUUUUGGUAUUGGCCAUGGCAAAUAAUACUUUGUUUAGAAUUAAUUUGAAACAGCCUGAUAAAAAUGAAGAAAUAUCUCUGAAUAAACCUGCAUACAAAAUAAGCGAAAUAUUUAUUGAUCCAUAUGGUAAUCACCUGCUUAUUGUAACAUCAAGACAGCCUGAAUCUUCUAGUGAAUUAAUAUAUCUCAAUAGGAAAAGUAAUAAACUUAAAGCUUCGAAUAAGUUUCGAGGCUACGAAAUAACUGAGGUUGGCUGGAAUUGUAAUGUGUGCUCUGAGACUACAACAGGUCAUAUUUUGCUAGGAACAUCUAAAGGUUUAAUUUUCGAAACUGAAAUGGGAUUAGAUGGUGACAAAAUAUUUCAUAGUAGUCUUGAGCAGUAUUGGAGACAAAUUUUUGAUAUUGGCAAGGGAGAUGACAUCCCAAUUACUGGUCUAGAAUUUCGCAAAGUCAAUGAUACAAAUAAGUAUAUUGUUCUUGUUACAACACCACAAAGACUUUAUCAAUUUUCUGGUACUUCUUCAUCAGAAGACAGGUCGCUAUUACAGCAAGUUUUCAAUUCAUAUUUAAACAAACCAGAGGAAUGUAUAGAAAUGGGAAGUUCAUUGAAAUAUUCAAAACUGAAAUUAUACUACAAUGAAGUGUCUAGCCUGCCCAAAUCUUUUGGAUGGCUUAUAGAACAUGGAUUGUACUAUGGAAAAAUUGACCCAUAUAAAUCUGAUGACUCAAAUUUUAUAUCCAAAGCUGAAAUGCUAGCAUUUCCAAAUAGAACAAAUGAUAACUUGAAAUCCAAGUCUAAACUAUAUCCAAUAACAUUUGUGAUGACAGAAUUUCAUACUCUACUUGUUUAUAAUGAUAAAGUUGUGGGAAUUUCGCAAUUGAAUAAUGAUGUGAUUUUCGAAGACAACUACAAUGAAGCUUUUGGGAAAGUUGUUAACAUUGCACGAGAUCCUGCAAAAGGAACUAUUUGGUUAUUUACAGAUAAAUAUGUCUUUAGAUACAAAGUCACACGUGAAGAAAGGGAUGUAUGGAAAAUUUAUGCUGACAAAAACGAAUUUGCAUUAGCAAAAAAGUAUUGCAAUAACAAUCCUUUAUUUUAUGAUAAGAUUCAAAUAAAGGAAGCUGAAAUGUUAUAUAAUGAAAAAAAAUAUAAAGAAUCUGCUCUUAUAUUUGCCGAAACGCAAUCGAGUUUUGAAGGUGUUUGCCUAAAAUUUUUGGAGCGGAAUGAAAUUCCAGCACUGAGACUAUUUCUUCGUAGAAAAUUAGAUAUGUUAAAACCUCAGGAUAAAACGCAAAUCACAAUGGUUAUUAUAUGGAUUAUUGAAUUGUAUUUAAAUGAAAUAGGUAAUUUAAGAAAUAGAAACUUAUUAGAUAGUCAAGAAUGCCAUGAACUGCAAACCGAGUUUGAUAAAUUUAUUAGGCAACCAGUAGUUUAUGAGAAUAUAUGCAACAAUAAAAGAGUAAUUUAUGAAUUAAUGGCGUCUCAUGGAGAUAAUGGUAACUUGAUAAAAUUGACAAUGUUAAACGAAGACUUCGAAAAUGUGAUUAUGAUGCAUCUGUAUAAAGGACAAUACAUGGAAGCUUUAGAUGUCUUGAAGAGACAAAGUAAUAAUGAGUUGUUUUACAGACAUUGCCCAAUACUUAUGGAAGAAAUACCAAAAAGCACUGUCCAAGUUUUGAUUUCAAGAGGAAAACAUUUACAACCAUCAAAACUACUUCCUGCAUUGGUGGGAGCUGCAGGCAUCAGUGAGCAACACAUGGCAGAAAUUAUAAAAUAUUUAGAGUUUUGUGUUCAUAGCAUCGGUUCAACACAACAGGCAAUACAUAAUUAUCUUUUAACAUUAUAUGUUAACCAUUAUCCCAAGAAAUUGAUGCUGUAUUUGGCAACUCAAGGCCAGGAUUUAACCAUGAUACACUAUGAUGUACAUUAUGCUCUGAGAUUGUGUAGAGAAAAGCAUCUUACAGAAGCUUGCGUACAAUUAUCAGCUUUGCUAGGACUCUGGGAAGCUGCUGUAGAUUUAGCACUAACUGUAAAUCUUGAUUUAGCAAAAGCUACCGCGUCACAGCCAAAUCUUAAUGAUGAACAACGUAGAAUGUUAUGGUUGAAAAUAGCCAAACAUGUUCUGAGUGGAAAAGAUGAUAUAGAACAAGCGAUGGAAUUUUUAAACCAGUGUGAUUUGAUUAAAAUUGAGGACUUGUUGCCAUUUUUCUCAGAUUUCGUUACAAUAGAUCACUUCAAAGAUGCCAUUUGCAAUUCAUUAGAGAAAUACAAUCAAAGAAUUAAGGAGCUCAAGGAGGACAUGGAAGAGGCUGCUCAGGCAGCAGAACUUGUCAGGAAAGAAAUUAUAUCAUUCAGAAAUCGUGCAGCCAUUGUUACGAUUGAUAAUACUUGUGAAUUGUGUGAUAUCACUUUGUUGAUCAGGCCGUUCUAUCUAUUUCCUUGUGGACAUAAAUUUCAUGCUGACUGCUUGCAGACGGAAAUCAUGCCGUGUUUAGCAACGACGAAGAGAAACAAAUUGAUGGAUCUUUUAAAACAAUUAUCUGGAUUACAAUUGAAUGCAGUUGAUAAUACAAGUCACAAUUCAGCCAGUGUUUCUAUGAGGCAAAGGAUAAAAGAAGACAUUGACAUGAUAAUAGCAUCGGAUUGUUGGCUUUGCGGGGAGUAUAUGAUACAAUCGAUUGAUAAACCAUUUAUAAGUGAUGAUGAUUGGGACAAAGUAGCAAAAGAUUGGGAAUGA